AUGCGUGAAUAUAAAAUUGUUGUGUUGGGAAGUGGUGGUGUUGGAAAAAGUGCGUUGACCGUGCAGUUUGUGCAAGGCAUAUUUGUGGAAAAGUAUGAUCCAACAAUUGAGGACAGUUAUCGAAAGCAAGUUGAAGUUGACGGUCAGCAGUGCAUGCUCGAAAUUCUGGAUACUGCUGGCACUGAGCAAUUCACAGCUAUGCGUGAUUUGUAUAUGAAAAAUGGUCAAGGCUUUAUCUUGGUUUACUCCAUUACGGCACAGACGACUUUCAGUGACCUCACUGAUUUGAGGGAACAAAUCUUACGUGUCAAGGAUACGGAGGAAGUACCGAUGAUACUUGUUGGAAACAAAUGUGAUCUAGAAGAUGAGCGUGUUGUGGGCAAAGACCAAGGAUCUAAUUUAGCACGUUCAUUUAACAGUGCUUUUCUUGAAACUUCAGCUAAAGCAAAAAUUAAUGUUAACGAAGUUUUCUACGACCUUGUUCGUCAAAUCAACCGUCGUCACCCUGAAGUAAGCAGACGUCAGGCGGGCUCAUCAACAUGUUGUUGCAGCCUGAUGUGA